AAAGAGAAGAGUAACCGAGCCAACGGAAUCAUUUCUUUAUUAAUUAGUUCUCCCUCACGGGGAUGUCUCUGUCGAGAUUGGAUCCAUACACGACUCCUCCUCCUGCUUCUUCACUCUCUCUCUCUCUCUCUCUCUUUCUCACACUGUCGAGUUUCAACUCGUAGACAUAUAUAUACAUAUAUAGAGAAAGAGAGCUCUCAAAGAAUCAUCGUUUUGUAAAUAACACAAAACAAACAAGGGAUCUAAAAAAAAAAUGUCAAUGCCACUGCAACGUGGCAUCUCAGGAGGAGUACGAGUCUCCGACAGCAGCGACGAUCUCAGAGACUCUCAAAUGAAAGACAAAGAGAAGGAAAGUCACUUAACCUUGAGGUUCCCUUUCGCUUUCCUCUUUAAUAAUACUCAAUCUCCUCCCAAAACCGAACCUUACAACGCAAGGAGCAGACACAGGUUGAUGCUUCUGUCUCUCAAGAUCAGUUUGGUCCUAAUCGUGAUCCUCGCUCUAGCCGGUUCCUUCUGGUGGACGGUCUCUAUCUCCACCUCUUCCAGAGGCCACGUGUACCACAACUACAGGAGGUUACAGGAGCAGCUCGUUUCGGACUUGUUGGAUAUUGGAGAGAUCUCUGCUGGUCCUAGUAAAUGGAAAGAGUUGGAGUAUUGUAAUAGUAUAGAAGAGUCUGAGAACUAUGUUCCUUGCUUUAAUCUCUCUGAGAGUCUUGAUCGGUCCUGUGGGUCGAGACAGGAGUGUUUGGUUUCACCUCCUGUGGAUUACAAGGUUCCUCUUAGGUGGCCUACCGGUAAAGAUGUUAUAUGGUAUCAUAACGUUAAGAUCACUGCUGAUGAGGUGUUGACCUCUGGUAGCAUCAACAAGAGGAUGAUGAUGAUGGAUGAUGAUCAGAUCUCUUUCCGUUCCGCGUCUCCUAUGUUUGAUGAGGUUGAAGAUUACUCUCAUCAGAUUGCUCAGAUGAUUGGGAUUAAGAAUGAUAACUUCAUUGAAGCUGGUGUGAGGACUAUAUUGGAUAUUGGAUGUGGUUAUGGUAGCUUUGGAGCACAUCUGCUCUCAAAGCAGCUCUUGACAAUGUGCAUAGCAAACUAUGAAGCCUCUGGUAGCCAAGUUCAGCUAACACUUGAGAGGGGUUUACCUGCUAUGAUUGGUUCUUUUGUGUCAAAGCAACUGCCAUAUCCUUCUCUUUCAUUUGAUAUGUUGCAUUGCUCAGGAUGUGGUAUUGAUUGGGACCAGAAAGAUGGUGUUCUCCUUGUGGAAGUUGACAGGGUACUGAAGCCUGGAGGUUACUUUGUUUGGACAUCUCCGCUCACAAACGCUCGUAGCAAAGAGGAUAUAAAGAGAUGGAACUUUGUUCGUGGUUUUGCUGAGAGCAUAUGUUGGACUCUUUUGUCUCAGCAAGACAAGACAGUUGUCUGGAAAAAGACAGUCAAAACAAAAUGUUACAGUUCAAGGAAGCCUGGGGUGGGACCUUCUGUGUGUAGCAAAGGGCACGAUGUUGAGUCUCCUUAUUACAGGCCGCUUCAGAUGUGUCUUGGUGGAACACGUAGCCGGAGGUGGAUUCCCAUUGAAGGCAGGACAAAAUGGCCUAGCCGGUCUAGCAUGAACAAGACUGAACUUUCACUAUAUGGUCUUCACCCGGAGGAGGUUGGAGAAGAUGCAGCAAACUGGAAACUAAACGUGAGAGACUACUGGUCUCUCUUGUCUCCUCUGAUAUUCUCUGACCAUCCCAAAAGACCAGGGGACGAAGAUCCGUCUCCUCCUUAUAACAUGCUCAGAAACGUCUUGGACAUGAAUGCACAGUACGGUGGGCUCAAUGCCGCCUUGUUGGAAGCAAAGAAAUCGGUCUGGGUCAUGAAUGUUGUCCCUACAGCUGGACCAAACCACCUCGCAAUGAUCCUUGACCGUGGCUUUGUCGGAGUCUUACACGACUGGUGUGAAGCAUUCCCGAGUUAUCCAAGAACAUAUGAUCUUGUCCACGCAGACAAUCUUUUGUCCCUUCAGACAAGUCAGCACCGGAGCUCAUGCUCACUUCUGCAAAUAUUGACAGAGGUUGAUAGAUUACUUCGUCCAGAGGGAUGGGUGAUAAUCCGUGACACGACGCAGCUGGUUGAAGCGGCUAGAGCUUUAACAACGCAGUUGAAGUGGGAGGCUAGAGUCGUAGAGGUUGAGAGCAACAGUGAACAGAGACUCCUCAUCUGCCAAAAACCGUUCAACAAGCGACAAUCAAUCUGAAAAAGGAGAAAGAGUUUUGUUUUUAUUUUUGUAACAAAGUCUCACAGUUUUGGAAGCAGACACAUAACUGUGGUGGCAAUACAGGGGAAGAAGAAGAAAAGAGAAGGGAGAUGAAAUAUAUGCUACCAGGGGGACGUAAGACCGCUGGUGAAGUUUCUUUGUAUGGUUUCAUGAGUUCCCCAUUUUUACAGAAUGUUACAUUUUAUAUUUUACUUUGGGGUUACUAUUUUUAUUAUAUACAGUGAAAAAAGAAUAUGAUCCAUAUUUGUGAAGAUAAUGUUUUAUUGAAAUAUAAGUUGACAAACU